CCUCAACUGGUCACACACCACACGUGCAUUUGCUUUAGCCGAACAUAACGUGGUUGGAAAGAACGUAAUUUCUGUAUAGAAUUCACGCCUCACCAUGGUGCGGCCCAACAACAAUCAGCUGCCGGAGAACCUGCCACAGCUGCAGAACCUGAUCAAGCGAGAUCCGGAGUCGUACAGCGAUGAGUUCCACAUCCAGUAUCAGCACUUCCUCAGCUUGCUAGAGGUGUUCGCGUUGAAUCCCAGCGAGGAGAACAAAUCCCUGGAUGACAUCGUCAUGUUCGUUGCCCAGGUAGCCCAGUGCUAUCCGGCCGUUUGUGAAGAGUUCCCCAAGCGCCUGGCCGAUCUGCUAAAAAACUACGCCACCGUCCUGGAUCCCGCCAUGCGCAAUUGCUUUGUGAAAGCCCUUAUCCUGCUAAGAAACAAGAAUCUUGUGCCCGCCCUGGAUAUACUGGAACUUUUCUUCCAACUGCUCCGGUGUCCGGACAAGAAUUUGCGAACCUUUCUGCAAACUCACAUCGUGACCGACAUUAAAAACAUGAAUGCAAAGCACAAAGAUAUGAAGCUUAAUUCGAGCUUGCAAGCAUUUAUGUACUCCAUGCUGAAGGACGCUAAUCCCAAGGCGGCUAAGAUGUCAGCUGAUAUCAUGAUCGAGUUGUACAAGAAGAACAUCUGGAAUGAUCCCAAAACAGUAAACGUAAUAGCCACCGUUGGCUGCUUCUCCAAGGUGACGAAGGUGCUGGUCACCUCGCUCAAGUUCUUCCUUGGUCACGACGAAGAGGACGAGGAGGAGGACUCUGAUAGCGAAAACGAGGUGGACCUUAAGGGCGCUCUGAUGGCCAAUCGUGUCAACAAGAAAACUAAGAAGCGGACUAAACAGUUGGCGCAGAUUAAGAAGCAGGCGAUAAAGGCGCAGAAGAAGAAGAAAAAUGCUCCCGCAUUUAACUUUUCGGGCAUUCACCUGGUACACAAUCCCCAAGGCAUGGCCGAGGGUCUCUUUAAACAGCUCCAGGCCACCAACGAGCGAUUUGAGGUUAAACUGAUGCAUUUGGACGUCAUUUCCCGCCUUAUUGGCAUCCAUGAACUAUUCCUUUUCGGUUUCUAUCCGUAUAUAACUCGCUUUCUACAGCCCCACCAACGUCAAGUGACUCGUGUACUUCAGUUUGCCGCUCAGGCGUCUCACGAACUUGUCCCUGGAGACAUCAUCGAACCUAUCCUUAAGACGAUAGCCAACAACUUCAUUACAGAGCGAAACUCCAGUGAUGUAAUGGCCAUUGGUCUAAAUGCCACUCGUGAAAUUUGCAUGCGCUGUCCUCUUGCCAUGGGCGAGGAUCUGAUACAGGACCUUGCAAUGUACAAAACUUAUAAGGAGAAAUCUGUUAUGAUGGCAGCACGGUCCCUAAUCACACUAUAUCGGGAACAGCUGCCGGCUCUCUUGCACAAGAAGGAUCGAGGCAGACAAACAGAAGCCCAGGCCGAACGAAAGGUCCGAGCCUAUGGAGAGCGGGAAGUCCACGAUACUGUGCUGGGUGCAGAGGCUCUACUCAGGGACUCCAAGACCAUUGACAUUGAGAGCGAUGACGAUACGGACUCCAAUGAUGGGGAGUGGGUUAAUGUUACACACAGUGAUGGUGAAGGAGGCGGAGACGAUUUGGAUGAAGAAGAUGUCGACGAUGAUGAAGAGGAAGAUGAUGAUGAAGAGGACAACAGUGACCAGGAUGAUGAAGAGGACGAAAACUCCGAUGAAGGCGUGGAAAGUGGAGAAGAAUCCGCAAAGGCCAAGAAGGAGAAGAAAGAUAUUAAAAUCCUCAACCAAAAAGAAGCAGCUCAAGAACUGGCUCUUACGCGCAUAUUUACGGACGAGGACUUUAAGCGCAUUAAUGCGGCAAAUCUGAAGAAGACUGUUACCAGUGCACGGAAACGUCCCUUAGAACAGGACCGUGCCGAAUUCGUCAAACUAAACAGCAUCGAGAUGAUUUAUAAGAAGCGCAAGCACGACAAGGAGUCGCGUCUGGAGACUGUGCAGGCGGGCCGGCAAGAUCGCGAGCGCUUUGGUUGGAAGGACGGACGGGUAAACGAGAACUGCUCUAAGACGAACCGCGAAAAGCGGAAGACUAAGAACUUUGGCAUGCUGCGACACAAGGCGCGCUCUAAGGUCAAAAAGAGCUUUAAGGAUAAGCAGCAAGCUCUGAGGAAACAUCUAUUACAUCAGAAGAAGAUGAAAUAGUAGUCUUUGGGUCUAAAACCCCUGUAUUAGAUAAAUACUAAUAUAAGAACUAUUUCUAACCAUUUGUAUCCAAUUGAAUGUAUAAAGGUAGUCGAUAGAGUUUAGUAUCUGCUUUAUUUCACUUCAAAUAGACUUUGUACGGUUGCCUAUGCAUUAAACUAAUUAAAAUGUA